GUCUUGCCGGAGCAAAGUACAGUGUUCGAACAAAGAUCGGUCUGGAGGGGAUGAAGGUGGUGGAAACGCAAAACGAAGACUACCGACACACUUUCCAGAUCUCUGGUAAAGAGAGAACAUUGGAGCUUCAGGCUGGUUCGGAGCAAAUCAAAGAGGAUUGGAUCAAGGUUUUGAAUGAUGCCGUUGCAAACUUCCAGCAGAGGAAUGAGACUUUCCUGAUUGCUAAAAAGGUGGAGGAGGCUCCUCUGGAGGUUCCGAGUGCUGAGCUGGGACUCCGAGCGCCUCGGUGGAUUCGGGACAAUGAGGUGACGAUGUGCAUGAAGUGCAAGGAGCCAUUUAAUGCCCUGACACGGAGGAGGCACCACUGCCGGGCCUGCGGCUAUGUAGUUUGCUGGAAGUGUUCUGAUUACAAGGCUCCUCUGGAGUAUGACGGUAACAAAAUCAACAAGGUUUGCAAGGAUUGCUACCAUAUAUUACGAGGCAGUAGUGACAGUGAGGAAAAAGAAAAGAAAAGGGGGAUACUCGAGAUUGAGUCUGCAGAGGUAUCAGGGAACAGCGUCAUCUGCAGUUUUCUCCAGUAUAAUGAAAAAUCCAAGCCAUGGCAGAAAGUUUGGUGUGUGAUCCCAAAACAAGAGGCUCUUGUGUUGUACAUGUAUGGUGCACCACAGGAUGUAAAGGCCCAGACCACCAUCCCACUGCUGGGCUACCUUGUUGACGAAUCCCCUCGUGGGGUAGACCUGCAGUUCAGCUUCAGACUGUCCCAGUCUAAGUCAGUGCACUGCUUCUCCGCCGACACUGAGGAACUGAAACAGAGGUGGCUUAAAGUCAUCAACCUGGCUGUGAAGGGGUUAACUCAGGAAGAUAUAGAAGACACAAACAGUGCAGAACAUAGCGAAUCAGAGGCUUGUGAAUAG